AUGUCUGUCCCUCCUAGUGGACCUUCUCGCCCGAUGCGACCACCUCGACCACCGGGUCCUCCGGGUGCGAGACCUUUCCGUCCUCCAACAGGCCCCGCAAAUUUCCACCCUCAAGCACCUAUGAUGCUCCCUGGUUUCCCAGGUUGGGCACCUCCACCUAUGAUGCCCAACUUUCCUCCACCUCUUCCACCUGGUUGGUCAGAACAUUUAGCUCCUGAUGGUGUAACGAGAUAUUAUUAUAAUUCAAGUACGAAACAAUCCACAUAUAUCAGACCAACUUUCGUACCUCUUCCACCUACAUCUGUUGAUCCUACCGGAAUGAAUGGUGUAACGAACGGUGGUGAAAAGAAGAAAAAAGAAAAACCGAAAGAUCGUGUACCUAUACCAAACACCACUUGGACUCGAGUGACGACCACAGAAGGAAAUGUUUUUUAUUUCGAAAAAGAGAGUAAAAGGAGUGAAUGGACAGUCCCUGAUGAGAUUAAAGAUGCUGUUGAAGCAUUUGAUAAUGAGGAGAAGAAGAAGAAAGAGGAGGAACAAAAGUUGAAGAAAGAGAAAGAAAGGUUGGAGAAAGAGAAAGUUAGGUUAGAGUUAGAAGAAGAGAGAAAGAGAUUGGUUGAACAAGGUUUGGAAAGGAAACGUAAAGCUGAAGAAGCAAUAGCACAAGCAAAGAAUGAAGAGAGGAAAUCAAAGGUUGCGAAAACGAUUAAAGGUGAGGAUGAAGGCGAAAGAAGUGAGGAGGAUGAAAACCAUUUACAGGGAGAUGGAGAGGAAGGUGAUGAGGGAGAAGAUGAGGAAGGCGAUUAUGGACCUGUGGAUGAAGAUGAUGAAGCGGCUUGGCAGAGAGCUGUAGCGGCGGAAUUCGCUGAGGCUGAUGCUGCUUUAGAAGCUGAGAGAGAAAGGGAGAAAGAAGAAACGGAGAUGAAAGAGGAAGAAGCGGUCAAACAGGUCUUUUCAGUACCGGAAAAAGUUACUGUUUCGUUGGAAGAAGGAAAAGCUUUGUUCAAGGAAAUCUCUCCUUUUGCUCCUUGGGACCAAUCCCUCCCUCUGUUCAUCAAUGACCCCCGAUACGUUCUUCUCUCCUCUCUCAAAGAUCGUCGUGAAGUGUACGAAGAGUAUUGUCGUGAUGUUGGUCGAGCACGGAGACUCAACAAGAUCAAGCCGGCCGCGCAAGAAGAGAAGAAGAGUGAUCCUGAACGGGAAUAUAAAGCAUUGUUGAGGGAUGAAGUGACGAGCACUCGGACUAGGUGGGAAGAGUUUAGGAAGAAAUGGAAGAAGGAAAGACGGUUUUAUGCGUAUGGAAGGGAUGAUAGAGAGCGAGAGAAAAUCUUCAAGGUUCAUCUAAGGGAAUUGGGGGAGCGUAAACGAGCCGAUGCUCAAAGGGCCGAACAGGACUUUCUGGAGCUCCUCCAUGAAACCCCCAACAUUGCACCAUCGUCAAUUUGGCAAGACGUCAAGAAAUCACUCGUCAGUGAUAAACGAUACGACGCCGUUGGUUCUUCUUCCCUCCGAGAAGAACUGUUUGACAAUUAUCGGAAGACUUUGGAAACGCGAGCUGAGCCUGAAACACCUGAGCAGGCAGCAGAGAGAAAGCUCAAGGAGCGUAAGGCGAGGGAAGAGGCAAGUUUACGGGAAAGAGAGGCUAGAGUGAGAGGAGAGAAGAUCAGAGUGGAUCAAGAGAUGAAUAAGUCUAGAAUCGGUGCGGGGCGAGAAGAAGGUGAGAGGGAAUUUGGGAGUUUGUUAGUGGAUCAAGUGAGAGAUCAUGAUACAACCUGGGAAUCCGCCAUUCCUUACCUUUCCCAAGAUCCUCGAUUCUCUCACCCUUCUCUUCGUUCAUCAGACAAACAACGUCUCUUCACCGAACACAUCUCUCAUCUCUCUUCUAAACGUUCUUCAGCCCUUCACGCCUUAUUCUCAUCUCUUGCCCCGGCCCUCGAUACACCGUUCGAAAGCAUCUACGCUAAACUCAUUGAAGAUCCUCUGGUAGUCCGACUCGCUCUGGGUCCAGAGGGUUUGGAAGAACGAUACAACGCUUGGCGUCGGGCCAAGGAGACGGAAGCCAGACGUGAAUUCGAUGUCAUGUUGGGUGAAAAUAGCUUUGUGGAGUUUUGGGGAAGGAUGAGGAAAAAGGCUGUUGAUGAUGAAGCUGCAAAGAUAAAAGAUGAGGAGAUGGAACCUGAUGAAGAGGAUGAAGCGGGGAAGAAGAAUAUGAGAGAGUUGGCACAACAAAUUGAUCUAGAUGAGAUUAAGGCUGUUUUGAGGCGCGAUAAAAGAUAUAGGAUAUUUGAUCAUGUUCCGGAGAAAAGAGAAAGUUGGAUACGAGAUUAUAUGGAUAGUUUAUCUGCCGCAUCAGGGAGUGAAACUAUACAUCAUUUGGGUUGA